AUUUAUUCUUUGUUUAAAGUGGCAUAUUAUAAAGAAAAAUCGUUUGAUUACUCGUGGAGUGGUGGUGCGCGUCGUGGUCGACCGCGUGGUUCAUACAAUAUGAGCGAAUUCGAUGUUAAUUUGAUUCGAGAAUUUGAAAGCCGGCCGGGCUUUUAUGAUAGAAAUUCACGUCAUUUCAAAGAUAAAAUAUAUAAUGCACAAGCAUGGCAAGAUAUAUCAAAUAUGUUGGGAUAUGAUGUUGCCUUACUCAAAGACCGAAUGCUACAAUUAAGAAAUCGCUAUAACUUGGAAAAACGACGUUUAGAAAAUCUUGCUGAAGAAUAUCCAGACAAAAUAAUUCAAUCACAAUGGCCGUUGUAUGAACACCUGCAUUUUUUGUCAGAUCACAUUCGACCACGUCGUUCUUACAAACGAAUGCUAACUCGACCAUCGGGAGAGUUCCAUAAUUCGAUAAGCAAUCAAUCAUCUAGUUCUGGAACAAACAAUACCACAAACACAAACACAAACGGUUUACCAACAAUUAAAUUGGAGAAUGGAUUUGACGAUGACGAUUCAGAAGAUAACAGUAAUCCUGACGAUGGUGACAUAGAUUUAAAUUUUGAUGCAAGUAACUCUGCGUUAGCUGAUAAUGAUGGUCCCGAUCUAACUAUCGAAGGUCCUGCAGAUGGUCCUACGGAUGGUCCACCCGAUGGACCUUCUAAUCGCCCUCGCGAUGCAACAUCGUCUCUAUUAAAACCCAUUAGUGUCAAAAAUAUUGAUUCGAUGAGAACUAUUAUACCGAAGGAAAACAUCAGAAGACUUCCUCCAGCAGAACCUCUUUAUAUGCGUGAAAAACGUUUGUGUCUCGAGACGACGACACGUGUUCAAAAAUUCGAUGCAUUUGGGAAAUUUGUUACCUCAUCACUGAUUGAACUGCCACCAGAAAAAGCACUAAAACUGGUGGAAAAAUUCACAUCUGAUAUUGUGAGAGUACUCAUUGAAAAAAAUCAUUCCAUGAACGGUGAUCGAAAGGAACCAGUUAGCAUUUCCGAUGAUGAUUGUCAUUAAGAUACAAAAUUAAUCUCAUUGCAUCCUUAUCAUUUUGUUUCACUAUUUUAAGUAUUUUUUUAGUUUUAACUUUCAAAUUGACUUUAUAUCAUUUAAAAAUACUAUAGACUUUAAAGAAACUUACAUACAUAUAUAUUUAAAGACAUUUUUUGUUAAUGAACAUAAAACUCUUAGUAUUUUAAUUAAACACUUUAAUGUAGUUAUGUGUAAAGUUCUAAAUGGGAACUAAAAAACUAUUUUUAUUAAAAAGCACAACAUUUCUUCUUUUUUUGUAAAAAUGAAUAAAAAGAUUUAUUUUAUAAUAACUACAAAAUUGAAA